AGGGAUAAAAUAACACUAUAAAACUCUUCGGAGAGCUGUUAUGCACCUACACAUCAUUUCAAAGUAUCAUAAGUUGUUUAAUUAAGUUCAAUUAAAUUCCCUGAUCUUCCUAUUCUUCUUCUUUUUUUCAUCAUCAACUACUUGUUAAUUUCCACUCAAUUCCAGCCAAGAUCUUAGUAUGGCGGUUGAAGGAAUUCUUAUUAAUGGUGUAACAGAAAUACUCAACAAUUUAUUACCAGAGACUAGUCUGUCCUGGGUUGUCAAACAUGAACUGAAAAAGCUUCAUCAAUCCUUAGAGAGGAUUCUUGCCGUCCUAACUGAUGCUGAGAGGCGACGAGCCACCCAAGAACCUGUGAGACUCUGGUUGAGAAGGCUCAAAGACGCAGCCUAUGAUGCCGAGGAUGUGAUGCACGAGUUCUCUUAUGACACUUUAAGUCGGAGAGAGGAUCGUCUGAAGCCUAAGCUACUCGGUCUUGUUUCAUCUUUCAACCCACUUGGUUCUCAUUUCAAACUGGCAAGAAGAAUCAAAGAGGUUAACCAGAAACUAGACGAGAUUACCAAAUAUAUGGUUAGGUUUGAAUUUAAAAUUAAUCCUACCGGUACUACUGUUGCUCGUGGGGAAAGCAGUGAGCGACCAAGCCGACAAACCACAUACUUUGCGAGCCAGGAAAAAAUUGUAGGAAGGGAAGAAGAUAAAGAUAAACUGAUCAAAAUAUUAACAACGGUCACCGCAUCAUCAUCGGCAUCACCUAACAAUGGUGACCUUCCCCUCGAUAAAAUUCAGGUGGUUUCUAUUGUGGGGAUGGGAGGCCUCGGAAAGACGACACUCGCUCAACUCGUCUACAACAAUGAUUCGGUACAAAAGCACUUCGAUACAAAAAUAUGGGUUUGCGUUUCUAAUGAAUUUGAUGUUUAUAGGGUUUUGUCAGAUAUCAUGGAGUUCAUAAAUGAGAAAAAACUCAGUGAUUUAUCAAAUUCCGAAGAACUGGCGCGCAAAGUCCAAGAACAGUUGUCUGGUAAAAGGUAUCUGCUAGUCCUUGAUGAUCUUUGGAGUGAUGAUGCUGACCAAUGGGAGAGAUUCUUCCGCCCGUUGCUUGUUGGUGCCCAAGGGAGUAAAAUAUUAAUAACUACUCGUAAAAGGCAGGUUGCGGAUGUUGUGAGGGGAAGCGUUUCUCCAUACUUCUUACAAAUAUUAAAAGCAGAUGAAUGUUGGUCCAUCAUGGAGAGAAAAGCCUUUUCUCCGGGUGGAGCACGGAAGACUCCAGUUAUGAUUAACAUUGGAAAAGAGAUAGCUAAUAAAUGUGGUGGUUUACCACUUGCAGCAAAAUUUCUUGGUAGCCUGAUGCACUCCAAAAAUAACGAGAGCAAUUGGUUAUCUUUUAGAGACAAUGAUAUGGGGAAUACACCUGAAAGUAAAAUUAUAGCAAUAUUAAAAUUGAGCUAUGACAACUUGUCACCUCAUUUGCAGCGGUGUUUUUCUUAUUUCUCAAUCUUUCCUAAAGAUUUGGAGUUAAGCAAGCAAACUCUUAUUCAACUGUGGAUGGCCGAAGGAUUCCUGCAGCCUUCUAACAUGGGAAACGAUUUCUCGUUUGAAGACAUUGGAGACGAAUACUUUGAAAGCUUAUUGUGGAGUUCCUUUCUUGACGGGAAGAAAAAGAAUGAGUUAGAUGAUGUUAUGACAUUCAAGAUGCAUGAUCUUGUCCGUGAUCUUGCACAGGCUGUUGCUGGAGAUCAUGAGUGCUCGACUGUCAAGGUAACUGAUCUGUUGGGAAAAAAUUCUGGAGUUCGCCGCUUAAACUUAAUAAUGGAUGAAGCAUUACUAGCAAGCGAAAGCAUAAACAAUAUAAAGAAGUUGCGGACGCUUAUAAUUCUUGAACCAUGUUAUACUCUGAACCUCCUUGGACUCUCAAGUAAUAACCACUUACGUACUCUACAUUUGUGUCGUCCGACUAAAGGCCGUCGUCCAGGGAUCGGAUAUUCUACUUCUAAGUUCAGGCAAUUAAGGUACUUCCAUGUUAACUUUUUAAAUCAAAGUGGUAAUGAUUAUAGUAGACUUUACAAUUUGCAGACGUUGGUAUUAAGUGGGUGUUCGAAUGUUCAAAAUCGUGUCAGAGAGAUUGGAUCUCUAAAACACUUAAGGCACCUUGAUAUCUCGUUUACAGAUAUCGUAGAAUUGCCUGAUUCUGUUACUAGCCUCCACAGUUUGCAAAGAUUAGAUCUCAGUCAUUGCGAAAACUUAACCACCUUUCCCGACUCUGUCACUGGGAUGGAAUGUCUAAGAUUUCUUGAUUUGUCUUCUACCCCUAUUGAAAAACUACCUGAUUUUGUUACUAGUCUCCGCAAUUUGCGGACAUUAGAUGUCAAUACCUGUAAAAAAUUAAAAACUUUACCAGAGUCUGUGGCAGGUCUUAAAAAUUUGAGCAUUUUUAAUUUCAAAAACUGUCCAUUACUUGAAGAAUUACCUGAAGAUCUUGGAGCUUUAUAUCAGUUGAGAUCUCUUGACCUAGUGGGUACGGAGAUCAGCGUCUUGCCAGAGUCUUGCACUAACCUCAACAAUCUUGAGUAUGUUCAUCUUUUCAUGUGUGAGUUUCCCAAAGAGGUAACGAAUUGGAUAAAACUGAGAAAGUUUCAUUAUUACAAUGUGGGAAGACCAAUGGGUAUAGAGAAAUUAAUUUGUCUGCAAGAAUUGAUAUACGAUGUGCGAGAAAAAGUCAUCGACCAGGCUGAAUGUAAUGAUGGUAUUGAAGAUUUAGCAAACCUGAACUCUCUAGAGUUAUUAUUUAUCGGCCAUCUUGAGAACGUGAAAGACCCAAUAUAUGCUGAGAGAGGAAAUUUGAAAGGAAAAGAGAAUCUUCUUACAUUGGGUCUAGUAUGGAGUGAAGAUCUUCCUCAAGUGUUCAUACAAGAAGAGUCGGACCAGCAGUCGUGCAAUCAUCUUCUAGUGUUUGAAGCUCUCCAACCUCCCUCUGGUUUGACGUCAUUGUUUGUUCGUAGCUUCAUGGGGUUGGACCUUCCCACGUGGAUGCGUGCAUCUUGUGUUCCCAAUUUGGAAUCGUUGGUACUUACAAAUUGCAACGGAAUUAAACAGCUUCCGGCAGCGAUUGGGCAGCUCCCACGUCUCAGGCACCUCAUGCUUGAAGGAAUUUCUUUGAAGAGGUUGGAUGUUGACGGAUUUCCUUCCUUGACUGAACUCAUUCUUAUUGAUAUGUGUCUUCUAGAAGAAUUGGGUGGUUCAUAUGCUUGUCUUCAGGAUCUGAGGAUUACUGGAUGCAAAAGUUUAACAGAAAUCCGGUCGUUUCCUUCUCUAACGCUAUUGAGAUUAAAGAAGAUUGACCCCGAGUUGGUAUGCUCAAUCGGACGAAGCCAGACAUCUCUCACAGGUCUAAGUUUGAAGAAUAUUGAGGAUCUUCUAUACUUCCCAAUAAGCAUACUCCAAAACAAUCGUAAUCUUCACAUUCUUACAAUUAAAGGGUGCAAUCAGUUAAAAGGCUUUCGAGUAAAUGAUGAUGAGAAUGGUGACAAGAUGGAUUUACUUGGCCCUGAUCUCUAUAGCGUCUCUCUUCAAAACUUGGUUUUAUAUGAUUGCCCAGUUCUGAGUUUUCUGCCAGAUUUAAGAAGGUGGACUUCUCUUGAGAAUUUAGCAAUCCACAAUUGCCCACAAGUGAAGGAUUCUUUAACAUAUGAUCUCAAAUCUCUCUCAUUUCUCAAGGCAUUGUAUGUUGAUUUUAUUCAAAGAGACGAACAACGUGGAGAUCCAUCAAAGGACUUCAUUAAUUUGCUGGAGUAACAGCUGAAUACAAGUGGAUUACAUGAAUAGUAUGGACGCAGCCACGCUAAUGAAGCGGAAGCCUCGAUUCCGGUAAAGAAGCGGAUUAAUCACUGAAAGAUGAAAUGCUAAGUACCAACAUUGAAUUUUUAGAUUUUUUAAUUCGUAUAAAUAUUACUCGUCGAAAAGUAUGUAAUAUUUUGUUUUAUUCAAAGACACGAACAAUAAAUAAAAUAAAAAAAGAUAAUAUGGAAACGUUGAGUUCUUGUUG